CAAUAACAGGUGGACAAACGUACAUGUAUCAUUACUGCUUGCCAUACACAUCGUCUUCUUCGAUCGCACGCAAUUACGAUAUUUCUAUUAAUUCAAUUUCCUUUUAAAUGCCAAUUUCCAUUGUGAUUAGUGCAAUCUAUAUUUUUCCCAAAAUUUUUCUUACAUCUGUAGAUCUAGAAAAAUAUUUUAACGUUAAGAUUCUUGCUCAAAACUCGUAUACGUUGACUCGCGGAUAUCGACCAUGAUAAUGAAAGACAGCACCCUAUUAUGACAUUUAUUCUCUCUAAUGUUCUUUAAUUCUAACAUUCUUAACGUUUAUAAUAGAAACUGCUGUAACGACUGUAAAAUUACUUCAAUAGCAUGCAAUAAUUUCCGUAGUAUCGCGUAAUAUCUCAUGCAACAAUUAAAACUUAUUUCCGCAUGAAUUAUCUAUCGGAACGGAAUACAUAAUAACUCCUCAUGCGGAAGAGCGAGGACGUAAAAGCGACACUAGUAUGGAAUAAUGACACGUGAGAGAACAGAAACUUUUCUCGCUAGAUCUUUUUAUUGAAGAGGAAGAAGGAAAAAGGGAGGAAGAGAGAGUGAGAGCUUUACGUGAAGAGAGAGAAAGAACCUUCCGUUAGCUUCUUUUAAUUUAAGAACGAUGCACGUCCUUCCAUUAUCGUUUGCACUGUUGACGUAUACCGGUUACUGGCGACCUGUCGACUGGCCCUCGACUUCCGUCAAAUACUGGGCGUACUGUAUUUACUCUACAGCGAUGAUAUUCCUACUUCACACAUUCGCGCUGUGCGGCCUAGUUGACUGUUUCAUGAUCAAGGAUGUGGAGAUCUUCAUCGAAAAAUUCUCGCUGUUUUUGUCGGUGCUUGGCGUUUGCUUAAAAGUGAUGAACUUAGUGCUACGUCGGGACGAAGUGAUCGGCCUAACUGAUAUGCUAGUGAAGGAUGUCUGUACGCCCAGGGACAAUUACGAAACGGAAAUUCAACAACGUUUUGAUCGCACUGCAAUGACGAUUACUAUUUAUUGCGAGAUAUUGAACGAGUCAGCGGUUUUCUUCGCCACAGUUGCUCAAUUAAAACAUUAUAUUGACACUCAUACUUUGCCAUUGUCCGACUGGGUGCCCUACGACAUCUCAUCAACCGGUGUUUAUUGGGCCACCGUAUUACAUCAGACUAUUGGUCUGAUGGUAUGCGCAAAUGCCAGCGUUGCCCACGAGACUCUCAUCUCUGGCUUCAUGAUCCAGACUUGCGCCCAACUGGAUAUAUUCUGCCAUCGCGCCCGUACAUUGCCGAACUUGUUGCAAGAAGCUCAGAAAUAUAGUACUUCGAAGGCGGACCAGAAGAUGCGAGAACGACAGCUCAUCCGCGAGUUUGUUCACCAUCAUCGCUACAUCUACAGAUUUGCGGACCGUGUCACAGCAGUAUUCACGCUAAUGAUUCUCUUACAAUUCACGAUAAGUUCGACAGUGCUCUGUCUAAGCGUGUACGAGAUGUCGAAGAAGAACCUGCUGAGUUUCGAGUUUGCAUGGAGCUCGUUGUAUCUUGGUUGCAUGCUCAUGCAAAUUUUUCUAUAUUGCUGGUUCGGCAAUGAAGUGACAUUAAAGAGUGCUGAAAUCGGUAGCGCCAUUUACGAAAUGGACUGGUCAAUGUUUCCGACUGAUUUAAUGAAGACUCUUUUGAUAAUAAUUUCGCGAUCUAAGAGACCGAUCACGAUAACUAGCGGUUACAUAGUUACCUUGUCGAACGAGUCGUUUAUGAAGAUCAUCAGAAUAUCUUACUCAGCAUACAAUGUUUUGAAGAAGUAAUACGAGCGAGGGCAAUUAUAUCUUCUUCGAUUUCGUGAAGAGAAUAUCCAGUGGCCAAUUUUAUCUUCAUAAUCAGAAUCACUUAAAAUAUGGACAUUUUAAAUAUUUUCUUAAAUAUUAUUAUACAUAAUAUAGAAGGA